GCCUACAAUUCAUUCAUCUUUUUGGGGCUAUUGUAGGCUGCGGCCAUUAGGAGCCCUUGAAAAGAACCUAGUGGAGGACCAAAAUGAAGGAUGACGCUUUUUUUCCUGCAUGUUUCUUCACGCUGGAGUCGUGCAUUUACUAGCCAAUAUGUUCGGUCUUCUGUUUAUAGGCAUUCGGCUUGAGAAGGAAUUCGGAUUUCGUAAGGCAUACUACUGGAUUUGUGCGCAUUGAACCUCUGCAUGAUCUUCUUUAGUUAAAUUAUAAUCUCUUGAAUUUGGCAGUGAAAAUUGGAUUCUUAUGUAUGCUUUCUGAUUUUGGCGGAAGUUUGUUGUCUUUUUUGCAUUUGCAAGAAUCUGGAGUUAGUACCGUAUCAGUUGAUGCAUCCAGUGCACUAUUUGGUCUUCUGGGAGCCAUGCUAUCUGAACUUCUGACUAACUGGAGUAUCUAUGCAAAUAAGUGUGCUGCUCUUAUUGAUCAUUGUUGGCCUAAAUUUGGCUGUUGGAUUUCUACCUCGAGUGGACAAUUCAGCUCACAUAGGAGGGUUGUUGGCAGGAUAUUUCCUCGGUUUCAUUCUUUUAAUGCGCCCUCAAUAUUGAUACGUAAAUCCAAGUACAAAUGGUAUCAAUAUUUCUUCCUGAUCAUGUCAGUGAUCAUCUUACUGCUCGGAUAUGCGUGUGGCCUAGCUAAGCUGUACAUAGAAAAGUCACCGGAGAAUUUUCCCUUACCUAGAGAGUUAUCCACGAUGAAGGGUUCUAAUUCCACAGCCAGUUCUUCAAGCUUACAAGUACAAACCAAAAAUCUUCCCUUUUAGAAGCGUAUAAUGCAGUAGAUAUGUCAUACAGAAUCAGAUAAAUAAAGUUUCGCUUCAAUUUAUUUUGAGACAUCUUCAUGAUUACAAUUGCUUCUCAGAAUUCUGGCUUCAACUUCCUUUUCAGAAUUCUGGUUUCAAAUUCCUUCUUCAUUCCAGGUACAUGAUUAAUUUGUGCUCUAUCCAGCAGAAGAAAAGGCCAAAGUCCAGUACAUGAGAUCAUAUGUCAUACUAUACAUGUAUCUUUUUGUUUUGGCUUCUUAUAUCAAUGUAAGACAUUCUUGAAUACUGACCUCCUAAUUUAUCAGACCACGUAAAAUAGUGCUAAAGUGUAUUACUCAUCAUUUAUUCAAAACUGUUCUACUUUCUACUUCUAGAAUCAGCU